UCAGUGCCGCCGGUGCCAAACUACAAGCUCUCCAUGUCAAUCCCAGAAUGGCUCCAGGCAAUACAGACCUACAUGAAGAUGCUGCAAUACAAUCACACGGGAACACAGUUCUUCGAGAUUAGAAAAACCAGACCUCUAAGUGGGUUAAUGGAGACAGCAAAAGAAAUGACCAGGGAGUCCUUACCUAUCAAAUGCCUUGAAGCAGUUAUCCUGGGGAUAUACUUAACCAAUGGGCAGCCCUCCGUGGAACGAUUCCCCAUCAGCUUUAAAACCCACUUCUCAGGGAACUAUUUUCAUCAUGUGGUGCUCGGGAUUUACUGCAACGGCCGGUACGGCUCACUGGGCAUGAGCAGACGAUCAGAUCUGAUGGACAAACCUCUGACUUACCGAACUCUGAGCGACCUCAUCUUUGAAUUUGAAGACUCCUAUAAAAAGUACUUGCAUUCAGUCAAAAAAGUAAAAAUUGGAUUGUAUGUCCCGCACGAGCCGCACAGCUUUCAGCCCAUCGAGUGGAAACAGCUAGUCCUCAAUGUAUCCAAAAUGAUGCGCACAGAAGUCAGGAAGGAGCUGGAGAAGUUUGCCAGGGAUAUGAGGAUGAAGAUUCUGAAACCCUCAAGUGCCCAUUCUCCAAUGAAAGAGAGAUCACGGGGUAAGUCAUUGUCCCCGCGCCGAAGGCAAGCCAGCCCUCAGAGACGGGCGUGCAGAAGAGACAAAUCGCCUGCGGUGGUGGACAAGAAAGGAGACCUGGCUACGCUCAACGAGGUAGGCUACCAGCUCCGCAUCUAACACAGCCAUACGCCGGACAGAGGGCUUCCCUGGUGCUUCCCGCUGCACUUUACCUGCACUCCAUUGGAAGGAAAAAGGAAUGCAGCUAUUUAUUAACUUGUGGACUCUUAUAAUAAAAUUUUACCUAGAAAAUAGAAGGAGCGAUUUUUUUUUUUUUUUUGGUGGCAGUAUUUAUUUUCUCUCAAGUCGUAGAAAAGGCAUCAGUGAAGAGAGCCU